CAUGGCUGCCGUGGCUGGGUGCGGGCUUGGGAAUGAAUCCGCUUGUGAACUCCGCCAUCCUUCCCCUCGCGUUGUCCGUUUCCAUCUGGGAGAUUGCAUUGAUUGCUCUAGUACAGGGGGGCAGCGGUAUUGCGAUUGGCUGAGCUGUGGGAAGCGGUGUCUGGGCUCUUGGAGAUGUCGGGGAUGAGGCCUAUGGACUUGCGCUUUAUACAGAGGCCGAGCUGUCCGUGUUGCUUCCCCGGUGCCUGUUCCUGGGGAUAAACUUCUGGGAAUCUCCUGUUUAGUGGCACUGACAUGUAACUCACUGCAACAGAUAAUCUCGGAACAAUGGUGCGCUAUUCUCUGGACCCGGAGAACCCCACAAAAUCAUGCAAAGCACGGGGCUCAAAUCUUCGAGUGCACUUUAAGAACACUCGUGAAACGGCUCAGGCUAUCAAAGGCAUGCAUAUCCGUAAGGCCACCAAAUACCUGAAAGACGUCACCCUGAAGAAGCAGUGCGUUCCUUUCCGCCGCUACAAUGGUGGUGUUGGGAGGUGUGCCCAGGCUAAGCAGUGGGAUUGGACACAGGGACGCUGGCCAAAAAAGAGUGCAAACUUCCUCCUACACAUGCUGAAAAAUGCUGAGAGCAAUGCAGAGGUUAAGGGUUUGGAUGUUGAUUCCUUGGUCAUUGAGCACAUUCAGGUGAAUAAGGCCCCCAAGAUGCGCAGGCGUACCUACCGUGCUCAUGGUCGCAUCAACCCCUACAUGAGCUCCCCAUGCCACAUCGAAAUGAUCCUUACUGAGAAGGAACAGAUCGUCCCCAAACCUGAGGAGGAAGUCGCUCAAAAGAAAAAGAUCUCUCAGAAGAAGCUGAAAAAGCAGAAGCUCAUGGCUCGGGAAUAAAUACCUGUACAGAAAUAAAGCUCCCAAAAACUGUUA